AUGGGAAGAAACAAAAUAUUUCCAUUGAAACUUCAACCUGGCUCACAGAGAAAAAUUUCAAAAGAUGCAAACAUAACAGUUGUUAAAGCUUUGGUACCCCCAAGUUUUUUGGAUUAUAUUGCAGGUGGCACAAAAAUUCGUCUUAUGGUAGCAAUUGAUUUUACAGAAUCAAAUGGUGAUCCUAGAAGUCAAAGAAGUUUACAUUAUAGUGGCGGAAGAGAAAAUGAUUAUCAACGAGCCAUCAGAAGUGUUGGAACAAUAUUAUUUUCUGUUUAUGGAUUCGGUGCAAAAUUUAAUGGAAUAUUGUCUCAUGCUUAUCCUCUUAAUAAUGAUCAUCAGAAUCCACAAGUUGAAGGCGUAGAAGGCAUCUCCAUUUGA